ACGCGGUCAAUUUUCUGUUGAACCGCAUGGACUGUUUUUCCAAACCCUGAAAGAGAAGCACGGCGGGGGAGUGAGGACUGGGGAGCGAGGGAAAAUAAUGGCUCAGGUUCUCAACCUAAGCCCACCAUUCCCAACUAAAACCAAAUCGUUAUUUCUUUCUUCAGACACGUCUUGUUCUACCUCUGCACACCAAAGCUGGAGUUCUCUGCAGCACAAACUCCAGUGCAAUGGCAGAUUCCUCUGCCUGUUCUCCGAUAACAAGAGAGAGGAAGAGGCUAGAAGAGCAUUAGAAGGUGCACUUAGUGGGAAGAAAAAUGAAUUUGAGAAGUGGAACAGAGAAAUCAAAAGGCGAGAGGAUUUGGGGGGUGGAGGUGAUGCGGGUGGAGGAGGUUGGUUUGGGAGGGGUGGAUGGUUUGGCUGGUCUAAUGAUGACAAAUUUUGGCAAGAAGCAAAACAAGCAAGUCUUACUUUGCUUGGCAUCCUUCUCAUUUAUCUCAUAGUUGCAAAAGGUGAGCUUCUCCUAGCUGUCAUCUUAAACCCACUGCUCUAUGCGCUGCGAGGAACAAGAAAUGGCUUCAGUUUCAUAACAUCAAAAAUCUUGAAAAUUACCAACGGUGGUAAUCAGACCAGCUUUGAUAGCAUUUUGAAGAAGGAAGACUACCAGCGCCCUUCCGCUAAGGAGAAUGUUAUAAGGAAAUGGGGGAGUGACUAAAAGCUAAAGUUUGUUACAGGGCUGGGAUUACUUCCUUCCUAUAUACAAAUCUAACUGUGACAAUUAUCGCUGUAGCUCAACUGUAAUUUUUCCUCAUCUGGUAAGAGUUCAAUUUUGUGUGCUCCACCAUUUCUGUCCGCAUGAAUUAGCUCAGUUCAACAUUGUGCUCGUAUAUCAAACUGCCUUCUAUAAGCUUGCGUUUUAAAUGAAUUGGGAUAAGAGCUUGCAUCUCUCUGCAGCAUUUUGUUAAGAGGGGAUUCCAUCUUGUUUAUCAAUCUGAUAUAGUCGCACUUCCCAUGUAAAAACGUACGACUUUUAGUUGAUGUUGAGUAGGUGAAACUUCUAGCCUCUCAAUCAAUUAGAAGCCUAUUCAUAAUAACGUGUGCAUAACAGGGAUAUUUUUUCA